AUGAAAAAUUAUAAAGAAGCCCUCCGCGAUGCUGAUGCUGUCUGUCAAAGUGAACCCCUGUUGUCUAAGUUGCUGGCAGAGGAGGUCACGGAGAGCGGGAUAAAUUUGCGACUCAUGCGGACAGAGCUGGUAAUCGAAGCCCCGGAAGCCAUUUCCAAUCGCUUAGAUUCUGCAUUCAGACCAACCAAAACUCCAUCCCUAGAGUCCGACGUUUUUCAAAGCACUGAUUCACACGAUGUGAAUCUACGUUUUGAAGAUGCUCCAAAGACUUUGAAAACAGUUCCUUCCAGGUUUGCCAGUUCUCAGUUAAAGAGAGACUUCACCAGUGAUUCAGAGGAUGUGCAGAACUCAGACAUCCCAAAUAAAAUCCCCAAGGAAGCUGGGGAUUCGUUUCCCGUGAUUUCUGCCGGUCCCAAAUGGAAUCCGCAAUUCUUGGUAGAUGCUUCUGACUUUGAAUGUUCCCUUUGCUUGAGGUUAUUCUAUGAGCCUGUUACCACACCAUGCGGUCAUACAUUCUGCCAAAAAUGUCUCGAGCGUUGCCUAGACCACUCCCCGGAUUGCCCUCUUUGCAAAGAGAAUCUUUCUGAAGUUUUGGCUAACAGAAGUUAUAAAAAGACCAUUCUGACUGAAGAAUUAAUCAUUCGGUAUUUGCCAGAGGAGUUAUCUGAAAGGAAGAAAGUUUAUGAUGACGAGAUAAAGGAGUUGUCCGAUUUGACUAAAGAUGUUCCCAUCUUCGUGUGCACCGUGGCUUUCCCUAAUCCUUGUCCGCUUCACGUCUUCGAGCCUCGAUAUCGCCUAAUGAUGAGAAGAUGCAUGGAGACCGGCACCAAACGGUUCGGCAUGUGUUUGGCGGACGAACUCAAAGGGUUUGCCGAUUACGGCUGCAUGCUGGAGAUCAGGGACAUGAGGUUUUUUCCUGAUGGCAGUUCAAUCGUUGAUACAGUCGGAGUCAGUCGGUUCAAAGUCUUAAGUCAUGGACUGCGAGAUGGGUAUAAUACCGCAAACAUUGAGUACCUGGAAGAUAAAAAGGUGGAAGGGCCAGAUGACGAGGAACUUGUCCAUCUGCAUGACUCAGUUUAUGAUCAAGCUGUUUCCUGGUUUACGUCUCUCAAGGACAACAUGAAAGCGCAAAUUCUGAACCAUUUUGGACCAAUGCCAGGCAAAGAAUCUGAACCGCAGAGGAAUCCUAGUGGCCCAGCUUGGUGUUGGUGGCUGUUGGCAGUGUUACCAUUAGAAAACAGGGCUCAGCUGGCUAUACUCGGCAUGACCUCUCUUAAAGACCGCCUAGUCUCCAUCAGACGGGUAUUAAUGUUUGUCACACGCAAAAGGCCCAGAUGA